GGAUCAAGCUUUGAUGAAUGCAGAAGUCCACUUUCAAGAGGCCUCAGACUCCUAAGAUGGGGCGUAGGAGCAUUGCUAUAUUCGCCUCAGCCCUCCAAAACGGAAGCCAUUUCAUUGAUGAAGGGAAGAGAGGGUCGACUGCACAUUUGCCUUCAAGGAAAUUGGAUGAAAAUGACUUAGGUUUUCAAAGAAUUGAAGAGCCCAAAAUUAAAAAGCCAAGCCCCAGGUCUACUCCUGCCUUGAGACAUAAACUAACCCCUGUGCCUAUUCCUAUUCCACCUCAUCAGGUACAAAAAUACACUCCAGCAAGUGAAGAGCAUCUUUCUCCUGAGCUGCAAGAAUGCCAAUGUAUUCAUCAAAGCAUGGUUCACAUUCACAGCCUUCUAGCGAAAGACUUCUAGGUUCUUCCAUCACCUUAAAAUAUGGCCGAGAAGGAAUAAAAAUACCCUGGACACCCAAGUUCCCAAAGACUGGCUCC